GUGAAAUCCCUUGCACUUAUUGUGUUAAGUUGGAACGUGAGUGUCAACCCGGGAAACCUGGAAAAAAACGUGGUCCACCCCCCGGGCAGGAAAUUAUAAGAAGUCGAACUAGUAGGUUGGAAAGCAUCAUUAGUGAUGCUGUUAAGGAUCCAAAGAAAAGGGAAGCAUUAAUGAACGUUGAGGGUAUAGAACCUGAAGUUCGACAGGGAAUUGAUCUAUUAAGAUAUAGAGAUGAAAAAGAACUUCAAGUUGUCGAGUCUCUUACCAGACUAAGACAUGUACCAAACUCGGAAGGUAGCCCUCAAGCACAAACCCCAAUUAUAAAGGACUUAUUAAAUGGUGUCGGUCAACAACAUCCAAAAAAAGGGGAUAUAUGGUAUGACCAAUCUAAUGUUGGAACUAAUGUUAGAACUAAUGUUAGAAACGGUCAAACUCAGUCUACAGAUAAAUUGGAGUUGAUGGAAAAUAAUUCCCAAUUUUUACGUAAACCAAAACCCGUUUAUCCGGUCCAUAUGAAAGAACGUCA